CGUUUGAUGACUCUGUGAACCGCCGGCUUUCCACAUUUCUCUCCCCACGUUCGCUUUUCCCAUGUGGAAAUCUAUGUAAACGCAGUCUUGCAGAGGGGUCUCGUUCCUAAAAGUUGAACUGUUUUAAUUCGAAAACGCUACGGUUAUUUGCGAAAAACGCUUAAGGUGGCGAGACGCGAUGCAACAAUGUCAGUACGAUGCAUUUUUACAGCGACAAACAAUUAAAUGAAAGUACACAGACGGAACACAAAACGAUAACGUCCUCUUAAGGCAGCUGCAUGUAUGUUUAGCGUUGUCUUCUCCGGCUUCGCGCCGAAUUCCAUCUCUCCGCGCGCGCGCUCUCUCGCUCUCUGGAACGAGCGAACAAGCUAGCGAGCGCGCGCGCGCGGGGGUGUCCCUCCUCCGCAGUUUGGAGUUUGUGAUGUGUCUCAGACUCCGCGAGCGCCGCGCGAGAGCGAGACCUGCGGAGAGAACGCGCCGGAUCCUGAAGCGACCGUUACCCUCCAACAGGCGACCUGUCUUUCUCCUUCCUGAUUCCCCCGUAUUCCCUCACAGUGUUUCUCAAAUUAUAGCGCUUUCCUUCAGCGCCGCCACACUUUUUGGUUAAUCACAGGUGUAUUUGUGAUCCUUUGACGUACUUUUCUCAUUCAUUGGGAAUUAACUGACAUCUGAGGAUCGUGUGGAUGCGCGGCUUUGGAGAGAAGCGGAGAUGGAAUUGCUGAUAAUAUGCCUUUCUUUUGGGAUAUUGCAAUGCAGUUCAGUGGGAGCCGACUCCAUCAUUCACAUCGGUGCCAUUUUUGAGGAGAACGCAGCACGGGAUGAUGAGGUGUUUCAGUUGGCGAUCUCUGACCUCAGCCUCAACGAUGACAUUUUGCAGAGCGAGAAAAUCACCCACUCCAUAAAAUAUAUUGAACCCAACAACCCCUUUCAGGCAGUCCAGGAAGCAUGUGAACUGAUGACACAAGGGAUCCUGGCUUUGGUCACGUCUACAGGCUGUGCCUCGGCCAGUGCUCUACAGUCCCUGACAGAUGCCAUGCAUAUACCACACCUUUAUGUCCAGCGAAACGCUGAGGGAUCACCCCGUACUGCAUGCCAACUCAAUCCAAGUCCUGAUGGAGAGCGAUACACCCUCGCAGCACGACCGCCUGUCCGUCUAAGUGAUGUCAUGUUGACGCUAGUUGGUGAGCUGCGCUGGCAGAAGUUCAUCGUCUUCUAUGACAGUGACUAUGAUAUCCGUGGACUGCAGGUCUUUCUGGACCAGACAUCAAGACAAGGUUUGGAUGUGUCUCUGCAGCGAGUGGAUAGGAAUAUCAGCGGCGUGUUUUCCAGUUUGUUCACCUCCAUGCGCACAGAGGAACUCAACCGCUACAGGGAUACUCUCAGAAGAGCUAUUCUGCUCUUGAGCCCGCGUGGAGCCCAGGUCUUCAUCCAUCAGGCUGUGGAGACUAACCUGGCCUCCAAAGACAGUCACUGGGUGUUUGUGAAUGAGGAGAUCAGUGACGCUGAGAUUAUGGAGUUGGCCCACAGUUCCUUGGGAAGGAUGACCGUCGUCAGGCAGAUUUUCCCUCUCUGGAGAGACAGCAGUGUGAGCUGUAUGAGGAACAACCACCGCAUCUCCUCACUGCUCUGCGACCCUCAGGAGGGAUACCUGCAGUCGCUGGAGGUGUCCAAUCUGUAUCUUUAUGACAGCGUGUUGAUGUUGGCCAACGCAUUCUAUCGGAAAUUAGAAGACCGGAAGUGGCACAGCAUGGCCAGCCUCAACUGCAUCAGAAAGUCAACCAAGCCCUGGAAUGGAGGCUGGUCUAUGCUGGAGACGAUCCAAAAGGGUCGUAUAACUGGUCUCACAGGAAUUAUGGACUUCAUGGACAAUGGAUCAAAUUCCCACGUUCAGUUUGAGAUUUUGGGAACCAGCUUCAGCGAGACAUUUGGAAAAGACAUAAAGCGAUUGGCUACAUGGGAUUCUGUCCAUGGCCUCAAUGGAAGUCUCAAGGAAAGUCGUAUUGAGAAUGGCAUGCAGGGGGUUACUGUGAAAGUAGUGACGUUGUUGGAGGAUCCAUUUGUGAUGGUGGCAGAGAACAUCCUCGGACAGCCCAAAAGAUAUAAAGGGUUCUCAAUUGAUGUCCUGGAUGCCUUGGCCAAGAUCCUAGGAUUCAAGUACGAUAUCUACCAGGUGUCAGACAGCAAAUAUGGUUCUCAGCUGAGCAAUGGCUCGUGGAAUGGAAUGAUUGGCGAACUCAUAAACAAGAGAGCUGAUUUGGCAGUUUCUGCCAUAACUAUAACACCAGAACGAGAGAACGUAGUGGACUUCAGCAAACGCUACAUGGACUACUCUGUAGGGAUCCUACAUCGCAAACCAGAGGAAAAGAUCAACAUUUUUUCCCUCUUUGCCCCUUUUGACUUGGCUGUGUGGGCCUGUAUAGCAGCUGCCAUUCCUGUGGUGGGCGUUCUGAUCUUCCUGCUGACACGGAUGCAGAUGCUCCGCUCCCAGAAUCCUCCAGGAGCCCAUCACGCUUCAUCCAUGUCUAACUCAUUGCAUAGUGCUAUAUGGAUUGUCUAUGGAGCCUUUGUACAACAAGGUGGAGAUUCUGUGGUGGGGUCUGUGGCAUUGAGGAUAGUUAUGGGCAGUUGGUGGUUGUUCACAUUGAUUGUUUCGUCUUACACUGCUAACCUGGCUGCGUUCCUAACUGUGUCCCGCAUGGACAACACUAUAAGAACGUUUCAGGAUCUAGCCAGGCAGAUGGACUUUACCUACGGCACUGUUAGGGAUUCGGCAGUGUACGAAUACUUCAGAGCCAAAGGCACAAAUCCAUUGGAGCAGGACAGCACGUAUGCAGAGCUGUGGAGGACCAUCAGCAAAAACAAUGGACAGGACUUCUCCGUUUCUAGCCCUUCUGAAGGCAUACGCAAGGCCAAAAAAGGACCUUACGCAUUUUUGUGGGACAUGGCCGUGGUGGAGUAUGCAGCAUUGACAGAUGACGAUUGCACCAUCACUGUAUCCGGCAACAGCAUGAGCAGCAAAGGCUACGGCAUCGCCAUGCAGCAUGGGAGUCCUUACCGAGACCUCAUCUCCCAAAAGAUUCUGGAGCUGCAGGAGAAAGGAGACCUGGAUGUAUUGAAACAGAAGUGGUGGCCUCGGACUGGCCGCUGCGACCUCAACAGCCACAGUAACGCCCAACCGGACGGUCGCUCGCUCAAGCUGCAUAGCUUCGCCGGCGUCUUCUGCAUCCUAGCAGCGGGGCUCCUGUUGGCCUGUCUGGUGGCCGCCCUGGAAAUGUGGUGGAACAGCAAUCGCUGCCGGCAAGAGCAGCCCAAAGAGGACAAGGAGGUGAACCUGGAACAGGUGCAUCGGCGUAUGAACAGUCUUAUGGACGAGGACAUGGCACACAAGCAGAUCCCCGCACCAUCUAUCGAGAUCUCUGCCCUGGACAUCGGCAGCAUGCCGCCCAGCCAGCAGCGGGAGGCUGUGCGAGACUACCCGGGCACGGGCCUGUCUGUGAGCACCUUCCUCCCGGAUCAAGCUCAUGGGGUGGGCCGGACGCUGGCCCAGGGUCCUGGCAGCACCCUACCCCUUCCUCUCAGCAGCUCCACCAUUCCAUCCAUCCAAUGCAAACACAGGGCUCCCAACGGGGGCCUGUUCCGACAGAGUCCCGCCAAGACGCCCAUGCCAAUGUCCUACCAGCCAGUACCAGGAGGACCCAUCCCAGAAGCUAUUGAGCAUAGUACGUCCAUAUAAGGCCAUCGUCACCAUAGGCUGCCUCAUACUUGCUUUUCAAAGGAAGAAAGCCGAGGUGCAGUUGGAGCUUGGGAAACUGUGGCGGUGUACAAAGAGUAAAAAAGAAAAAAAAAAAGUACGUAGAGAUUUUUAUUAUGAAAAAAAUGAAAACAUGAGAAAUCAUUUUUUCUUGUACAUAUUUGUAAAUGCUGAAAGAGCAAAGUAAGUAAAAGUGUAUUUUGAAUAUUCUCAAUUUUUGAAGUUGAGUUACAAAAACAAAUGAACAACAAAAAAAGGACAUAUAAACAUAAUUCAAAACGACUGUUUGAAUGGCUUUGUGAAUUUUGUUCUCUAUGGGUAAACACUCAAAUUCAUUGUGAUUGUUUUCUAAGUGCCGAAAUAAAAGAUGUCUCUCCACGUUUUGUUACUAGAUGAUCAUACACGGCUGUAGGAACCCAAAAGCUGAGCGCUGAUAAUUAUGCACCCCUUUUAGUCAUAAAACAUAUUCAACCUGCAAACAGUGAGGCCAUUUUAAUUUUGCUUCAAUUUCUGGUUUUGGUUGUUGAUUACUAAUGAAGAUUUACGUCUUUGCAUCGAGUUGAUGUUGUUGGUGGGUUUACUGAUCAAACAAAGGCUAACCAUUCAAAAUGUAAAAUAGUAUAGCAGUGACUUGUGCGGAAAUGUCAUCACGGACAAACUAAAUCUUUGCAAUUAUAGCAACAGCACUGAAGAAAGCUUGGGUUUUAAGUUGAUUUCAGAUAAUUAAAGUUUGAGACCAUCAAUCCGUGAGCACAACCAGCCCAGAGAGAACAAUUAUAUUCCUAAAAUAUAACAGAACAGAAUCACAUCAAGGACAUUUAAAACUAGUUCAUGUUGUUGUUUGUGAAAGAGCUGUAUUAUCAUUGCUUUUCUGACAUUCUGGGAAAAAAAAAUCACAGACUAUAUAGACAAAAAAAAAAACUUGUAUAUGAAAUGAUUUUCAUAAUUUACUUGUUUGUGAUAUCUUUUUUUAAAGAGUUGCAAGGGGAAUAUGUGAUUGGUGUAAAUCAGGAGUCUCCAACCCUGCUCAUGGGGAGCUACCUUUCUCCAGACUUCAGUUCCAACCCUGCUCCAACACACCUGCCUGUAAUUUUUAAGUAACACUGAACACCUUAAUUAGCUGGUUCAGAUGUGUUUGAUUGGGGUUGGAGCUGAACUCGGUAGCACGGUAGCUCUCCAGGAGCAGGAUUGGAGACCCCUGGUAUAAAUGAAGCCAUGUUAGUAUGCCCACAACUUGACAAACAUCUCUUGCAGGCAAUUCUAAAUACUCCAGACACACAAAUGAAUUAUUUUUUACUGUACAAUUAAACUUUUACAUUUCUUUUUACAUGCUCUUUUUUUAAUCGUUUUUGGGAGGUUCGGACCAAUUAUGAAUCUCAGUCGUGUUAUGUUUGUGAUCUAAACCAGAACAACCUUAUACAUUUACAUCUACCUGUGCGUAUUUUCCUGUUGUCAUCCUACAGAGCCUCUGAAAUUUGAUGUUGUUUAAAUAACAAAGAAAAGGACAUUUGUCAGCUUGGAGCACAUAGACCAGUUUCCGAGAAGAUUUCACCCUGCACAUGCUUGUCAGUCAAAACUCAAGGUUGUAUCGUGUAUAUUUUGUACAAGUCCAAGUAGUUACUAAUGUGAACCAAAGUGAUAUAUUACACUGUGUAACACAACCUGUGGCUUUGAGAUGCCGACAGUGGUGGUAAGGAUGUGUAAUUUGUAGGGUUAAGUGUCUUCACUGCCUUACACUUGUGCCCCUUUGAUUUCAGAGAAAAACAUUCAAUAUUCCAUGAAAUAUAACAGUAUCAUAGCAUAGUCUGUAACAUUACAUCUAAGGGAGACUCUUAUUUUAUUUAUGAAUAUGCUGCUUGGAGUUUCUUAAUCUUUAAUAAAGAAAUAUGGUUUACAUUG